UGGUCUGGUUUGUUUUGGCAGGCACUUAUUUCCCAGUGAUAGCUGGCCACCAGAGUAUUGCCGGGAGCCAUUCAAAGCUAGACUGUCAUUCUCAGGUAUAUAACCAGGGGGUUUUCUCCCCUGAGGACGGCACACAUCAUUUGGGGAUCUUUGUCUACUGUACCAGCCUAUAUCAGCCUCCUCAUACUCUCCUCCAGUCUACAUCUUCUCCUUCGAAAGUUUCCUCAACAUCAAGUGGAAAUAGUCACAGUCAGACUCAAAUCGCUGAGAUUUGCCAGUCCACUUUAGCUAAUUCAAAGUUGAGAAUUUCCAAGCCUGACAUUAUGGAUAUUGCCAUCCAACACCCCUGGUUCAGACGCAACAUGGGCUAUCCCACCCGUCUCUUCGACCAGUUCUUUGGAGAAGGCCUGUUCGACUAUGACCUCUUCCCCUUCGCUCCCUCAACUCUCAGCCCCUACUAUCGACAUUCACUCUUCCGCAACUUCCUGGACUCCUCCAACUCAGGCAUCUCUGAGGUGAGGUCUGACAGAGACAAAUUCACAGUGUACCUGGAUGUGAAACACUUCUCUCCUGAAGAGCUCAAUGUCAAGGUGACAGAUGACUAUGUGGAGAUCGAGGGCAAGCAUGCAGAAAGACAGGAUGAUCAUGGCUACAUCUCCCGUGAGUUCCACCGUCGCUACCGUCUGCCUCCCAACGUGGACCAGUCUGCCAUCAACUGCUCACUGACUGCUGAUGGCCUGCUCACUCUUUAUGGACCCAAGACUGGUGGCAUAGAUGCUGGCCGCGGAGACCGCACCAUCCCUGUUACCCGCGAGGACAAGAACUCAGGCUCCUCCUCCUAGACGGGCAGCACCCCACAGCCAGGUGGUGGUUUGGAGGUGUGAGUGGGGCUCCCAGGGGGGGCUAGGCUUUAAUUGCAGAGGGCAUCUAAAGGUGGAUUUAAGCAAAUCCUUUAUUUGUCUAUCAUUAAACAAGCCCUUCCUCCCACUUCCACCUCAAAGGGUGUCAGUGUAUAUCUGGCCUAAUACCUUCUUUCAUUAGACUAUACUAGCUAAAAAUCUCCAUAAUCCACUAUGAUUGUUUUCAUUUUUUCAUUACAUGCUACUCACACAGGUAAUGGAUCAGGAUGAUUGGCUGGGGGUCUUAAAGAUUGAAGUGAAAGAUUGUAAGGUUUCUUUACUCAACCCUCUACCCUUCUCUCUAGUCAGAUGUUAAGUGGCAAGCAGUCAUUGUCAUCCUGGGUGAUAUAUUAUAUAUUAUUAGGGUAAUUAUGAUUUAAAAGCAUAAUCAUUUACUAUAGGAUCAAUUGGAGAACUAAAUGAAAGGGAGGUGGAGAGCUUGUUUUAAAAUUGCUCUGUUUGAAGAUUUCUGAUCUGAGAGAGAUUCCAUCACUGGCACCAGUCAGACCUCUGCUUCCUCUCUUACCUGUGUCAAGACCUCUUUUCUAGACCUCUCUUGUCAUUGACUCUUUCCUGUCUUGUAGGUUUUAGCCCUGUUCUA